CUGCAAUGUCGUAUGUUCCAGCAGCAGCAUUGCACGAUAAUGUGCCUUCUUCUACAUCACGCAUGGCCGAUUUUAAUGCAAUAUCCGACCACUCCCGUCUACUACUACUACUUUUCCGCUUAUAUUUUCUCGGCAUUCUGAAACAAAAUUUGCAUUAUAGAGGUAAGAUGACGAAUUCGUCAUUUUACCCCCGCCAUCUUACCCCAUGGGUACAAAAGCGAAUAAUUUUGAGGUUAUAUUUUAUGGGUAAAGGCUUGGAUUAAGCGCAGAAAUAUUCUAGGGGCUUCCGCUCGACUUCUAAAAGAGAUAGCAACCGAAGAUCCAGAAACAUAUAAGAAUUUUAUGAGAUUAUCGCCCUCAAAAUUUGAUGAAUUAUUAACACUAGUUCAAAACUUACAAAAUCGGAGACAUUUAUGAGAGCCCCACUUUCUCCCCGAAUAAAAUUGGAGGUGACAUUGCGAUACCUGGCUAGUGGCGACAGUUUGGCCUCUCUACAAUACUUAUACAGACUACCGAGGUGCACUAUUUAUGCUUUUUUACCAGAUGUUCUGUUGGCUGUAUACGAAGUGCUUGGCAACUACAUAAAGGUUCCUGAAAGUGAAGAAGACUGGAGACAUAUUGAAGAAGGAUUUUCUGCACAGUGGAAUUUCCCUCAUUGCUGCGGAACGAUAAAUGGAAAACACGUUCAGGUGCAGCGCCCACCGAAUAGUGGAUCCCAAUUCUAUAAUUAUAGAAGAACUUACAGCAUAACUCUUUUUGCUUUAGUUGACGCAGAUUAUUGCUUUAAAUAUAUAGAAGUAGGGACCGAUGGUAGAGCAAAUGAUAGCACUAUAUUUAGGAAUUCUGAUUUGAAUAAGGCUAUGAUAAAUGGAUCAUUAAAUUUUCCACAAGAUUCCUUAAGGCGGCUCCGACGCAGUGAGUUUCAGGCCAUUUACAAGGGUUUAGCUGCUUCGGAAUUGACGCUCCAUUUUUCUAUAUAUUUGAAUAAAAUUUAUACAGUAUGUUCAGAAGACAAUUGUCCAGGGUGCUAUAGAGCCACUUUUCUAAAAAAAAAUUUUUUUCAGGAGUUAUGGUGGGUGGAAAUGCAGAUAAUUGUUGUUCGACUUCUCGAUUUUUUUAAAAAUAACCCAGAGGAAAAAACGAAAAAGUGGCUCUAUAGCACCCUGUGGAGUCUUGUUUUUAGUGCACUGUGA